AUGACGGCUACAGAUGAAUUUGGGAACCCGUCUGAGGUGAACAGCCGCUGCAUCUGCUAUCGGGUGACCGCCAAGCCCCAGGGGCCCGCGGUCUUUUCUGCCAAUUACAAAGACUGCCAUGUGCUGGAGAAGGAUGGGCGCUCCCACCUGAGGGUGUUCAUGGAAGCUGUGCUGCUCAGUGGCACUCUGAUCUGUCCCAGACCUGAUCACACCUGGACUCCAGACUCCCGCCUGGCAGCACCCACCACAUUCUCACUUCCUGCCCCUCAUCGGUACCCUCUGACUCAGGAACAGUGCCAGGUGGCCUCCAGGGACAUCCCCCGCAGAGUGAGAAGCUCAAAGGAAGCGGCAGCUGGCUGCUGUCAUGACAACACCAGAGAGGGUCUCUGUUACUAUGGCAACACAGCGACUGUCCAGUGCUUCGGAAACGGUCACUUCGUCCUGGUGGUGUCCCAAGAAGCAGCCUUGGUGUGCAGGACACUGGUCGAUAUCCACCUGGUCUGCACUGCCCCCAGCUGCUCCCCAACCAGGAGGCGGGAUUCCGUGGUCUCCGUGGCUGGCCCUCUCACCUGCUGUGACACCACAGUCCAGGCGGACAGCACCCAGCAGAACCAGCUGCUGUCCAGCAUCGGCAUCUGGAUGGGGCCACAGGGUUCCAUCACGUGGGACGGCACCUUCAGGCUUCACAUCCACUGUGUCUUCAAUGCCAGUGACUUCCUGCCCCUCCAGGCGUCCCUCUUUCCUCCCCCCCCAGCCACUGUGACCCAGUACAGCCCGACAAGGGAAAAGGCCCCUCUCCCUGCAGACAAGGCUUUCAGCUCCUACCACAGGGAGGGGGACCACCCCAUUGUGGGGCUGCUUCAGGAGUCUGACCCCACGGAGGUCUGGCUCCUGCAGAGGACAGACCCCAUUCUGGUCCUGGUGCUGCACCAGCACUGGGCCGUUCCCAGCGCCAACCCCUUCCAGUAUCCUCAGUGGCCCAUCCAGUCAGGUGAGUGUCCUUUCGGUGACAUCAGGACCUGAAUGCUGGCCUUGGAAGGGGCUCUGCCCUUCCACUCUCACUACCAGUGCUUCACCGUUGCCACCUUCGCCCUCCUGGACACUGGCUCCUGGAGGGCCCGCAGGGGCCAGGUUUACUUCCUCUGCGGCACCUCUGCCUGCUGCCCCUCAGGGCUGAAGACUUACUCGACUACAUGUAGCUCUGGGGCUGCAGCCGGACGGCAAUGAGCCUCAGGUCACCACAAUGACAUUGCCAGGCCCAGCAUGGUGAGCUCUCCCGGGCCACUGGGCUUUGAGGAUUCCUACAGCUCCGGCUAUACUAGCCAUGGUCCACCUCAUCUGCAAAAGGGCAGCUUCAGCUCUGCCCAGUGUGACUACCAAGGGCUGGGGUUUGGGGAGAGAGUUGGAGGGGCCCUUGCCCAGCCCUGCCAUCCUCCAGAUCCCUUUCGUCUGGCAGGCUCCACCAUGAGCUGCAACACAAGCCCUCUCCUCUGGGUAAUUCUUUUGCUGUUGGCUGUUGUCCUGGUCCGAGGGGUUGGCGUCUUUGUGGACCUGAGCCAGGCCAAGCCCAGAAGCUCCUGGAAGGCAACAGAAGGUGAACAGGCUGAAUAGACCCUUGUUUCAAGCCUAGUGAAAGCAGGUGUGGAAGAGCUCCUUGUGGUGACUAGACAGAAUCAUUCUCAUCUUAGACACUUGCUCUUCAGAGUCAGCUCUGUCCUUCCAGAAUUGCGGCCUCUAUUACUGGGUAGAGUCCAAUGCCU